GCCAUAUUUGCCGACCAUUAUUAAAAAAGUCAAAUCUGUCAAAUGUAGGGGAUGGUCAGAAAUAAAUAAUUGUUGAGUUUUAUGACAACAAUUCAAUGAAUUUAUGUUAGAUUCGAAUUGAAUGUAAAAUUUAAAAGGAGUUCUUUCAUUUGAAGUGGUGGAAUAUUUUGCUGGUCGAUAAUUAAACUGUUCAAUUUGUAACACUUAUGACACCUGACGAAAUAUCGCAGGUGAUUCGAGGGUACAUUAGCGAUUUGUGGCUUUGUUUUUUCUCGAGAAGAACGAAUAAAAAAUUGUGAUUUGAUUAUUGUUGUGAUUCUGACUAGCUGACGUGUAAUUUGUUUGCUUACCAGAUUUUUCGCUAACCUGUACAUUUUGCUGUGCUGUGGCGAUAUCAAAAAAUUCAGCAAUGAAUGCCUCUGAGCAUGGAUUCAAUCCUGCCUUCAAUAUGGCUACAAUCAAGCAAGUAGUCAAUGAGGCCUUUGAAAGAGUUCGAAUGCCCACUCCUAUGAGGUUACGUGAUCUCAUAAGACAAAUUAGAGCUGCAAGAACAGCUGCUGAAGAGAGAAGUGUUGUUAACAAAGAGUGUGCCUAUAUCAGAUCAACUUUUCGAGAAGAAGAUACAGUGUGGAGAUGCAGGAAUAUCGCAAAACUUUUGUAUAUUCAUAUGCUUGGUUAUCCUGCCCACUUUGGACAAUUAGAAUGUUUAAAAUUGAUUGCAAGCUCAAGAUUCACAGAUAAAAGGAUAGGUUAUUUAGGAGCAAUGUUACUUCUGGAUGAAAGACAAGAUGUUCACCUCCUCAUUACCAACUGCUUGAAGAAUGAUUUGAAUUCUACAACUCAAUUUGUUGUUGGUUUGGCGUUAUGUACUUUAGGGGCCAUUGCUUCUCCUGAAAUGGCCAGAGAUUUAGCAGGUGAAAUAGAGAGAUUGAUGAAGUCCCCUAAUGCAUAUGUAAGGAAGAAAGCAGCUUUAUGUGCUUUCAGAAUAAUCAAGCGUGUACCAGAGCUUAUGGAAAUUUUCCUUCCAGCUACUAGAAGCUUGUUAUCUGAGAAAAAUCAUGGUGUGUUAAUAACAGGUGUAACAUUAAUUACUGAAAUGUGUGAAUACAGUCCAGAUACCUUGAAUCAUUUCAGAAAAGUAGUACCAAACUUGGUAAGGAUUUUGAAAAACCUUAUUUUAGCUGGAUACUCGCCUGACCAUGAUGUUUCUGGUAUAAGUGACCCGUUUUUACAAGUUAAAAUUUUGAAACUUUUGAGAGUGCUGGGUCGCAAUGAUGUAGAUGCAUCUGAGGCUAUGAAUGAUAUUUUAGCCCAAGUUGCCACUAAUACAGAAACGAGUAAAAAUGUGGGAAAUACUAUUUUAUAUGAGACUGUUUUAUCCAUAAUGGAUAUCAAAUCGGAAAGCGGUCUAAGGGUUUUGGCUGUGAAUAUAUUAGGCCGUUUCCUAUUGAAUAAUGACAAAAAUAUUCGAUAUGUCGCCUUAAAUACCCUCCUAAGGACUGUGCAUGUCGAUACUUCAGCAGUACAAAGGCAUCGCACCACAAUAUUGGAAUGCCUGAAAGAUCCAGACGUUUCAAUACGUAGGAGGGCUAUGGAGCUUUCUUUUGCUCUGGUCAAUUCGCAGAAUAUCAAAACAAUGAUGAAAGAGUUGAUCACUUUUCUUGAGAAAGCAGAUCCAGAGUUCAAAGCACCAUGUUCUUCAAAUAUUGUUUUAGCUGCCGAGAGGUUCGCACCAAAUAAAAGGUGGCAUCUUGACACCCUUUUGAAAGUUUUGUGUGGUGCAGGAAAUUAUAUUAGGGACGAUGUUAUUGCGUCAACAAUCCAGCUCAUAUCUGAGAGUACCAAUCAACAGUCAUAUAUGUCCCUCCAACUUUACAAAGCCUUAUCACAAGAUCUUAUGGAUAAACAGCCUUUGACUCAAGUAGCUCUUUGGGCUAUUGGGGAGUACGGAGACCUUCUUCUACAAGCAGAAUCCGAUGAAGAUGGUUCCACACCUCCUGCCGAAGAAGAUGUUAUUGAUAUCUACCAGCGAGUGUUGUGGUCUCCUCAAAGUACCCCUACUACCAAACAGUAUGCCCUGAUGUCUUUGACCAAACUCAGUACUCGUUUCCAGAGUACCACAGAUAAAAUCCAACAGAUCAUAAGUUCAUUCUGUUCAAGUUUACAUAUUGAGCUUCAGCAAAGAGGUGUUGAGUAUUCUCAACUUUUUGGCAAGUAUACACAUUUGAGAGCGUCUCUUUUGGAAAGAAUGCCACCGAUGGAACUUUUGAGACAGAAUGAUAAUGGAACAAAUGGAGACAUAGAAGAGGAGUCGAGAUCUGAAGAAACUAGUCCGCAGCAUAAUAAUAUGAAGAAUGAAUCGAACAUUUUACUGGAUCUUCUCGGACCAUCUGAUCCAGUAACAAAUAUUCAGUCCAAUGUAUUGAACUCACAACCCAUACCAAGUACAAACAACCAAGAUCUCCUGGAUCUUCUUGGAGGUUUGGACACGGUUGCACCUCCAGUCACCAUUCCAGACACUAGCAUCAACUUCAUAUUGGAAAAUAACAAUACCAGUUCCUUACCGAUCUUGAACAAUCAGAAUUCCAAUUUCCUCAACGAGGAUCUUCUUAGUAAUAAUAGGGUUAAUGAAAAUGAUGUGCCUACCUUGAUAGCUUAUGAUAAAGAAGGUCUGAAAAUAGUGUUUACCUUAGAGAAAAUACCAGAUAGUGACAUGUUGACUAUAAAUGUAACAGCAACAAACAAUACUUUAUCUAUGAUGAGUGAUUUUCUAUUUGAAGCAGCUGUUCCUAAGACAUUCCGUUUCAACAUUUUGCCUCCCUCCGGAACUGUGAUGCAACCAAAUGGCCAGAUAACACAAGUUUUGAAAGUCACCAACCCAAAUCAGGCAGUAUUAAGGAUGAGGAUUCGUUUAAGUUACACAAGUGAUGGUAAACCAGUGCAAGAUCACACAGAGGUUAAUAACUUUCCAUCAGAUAUCUGGGUUUGACGAAUAUGCAAAUAAGCCUUUGAUUUUCAUAUAUAUUAUAUUUGAUGAAUUGUUAAUUAUUACCGAGUGUAGAUUGGAAGGAAGCAUUAUUUUACUUCUCAAUUUUGUGGGCUAGUCUUGAUAAGCAAACGAAUAAUUUUGUAUAAAAAUUUUAUACAUUAUGGAUAUAAUUUUAAACUAAUUUUUUCUUAUUUAAGGUUAUCAUUCUUUAUUGACAGUUCCUAACUUGAAAACAGUUUUUUUAGAAUAAAUUCCAAUCUACAUCGUGUUAAUUGUAAAGCCUAUGUUGGACUUCUCUAAUCUUAAUAUUUUCUACAUCUGCAGUUAGUUCUAAUUCUUCGAGAGAUGUGUAUAUAGUUAUUGUUGAUUGAAUUUCAAUUUGAUGUACUUAAAUCAAUAGUUUGUAUGAUUCGUUAUUUCCUUUAACCAUUCAAUAAUCCUCACGAAUCUUUUUCAGAUAUGAAAUUCAACUUUGAGUAAAUUUUUAUGUUUGAAAUAUUUAUUAUGUUUAGGUAAAUAAUGUAUUUCUUAUGCUACUUGUUUUGUUGAAGAGAAGGUUAUUUGCGUCCAUUAUAUAGAUAUAUAAAAAAUAAAUUGUAUAUACCAUG